AUGAUACCGAGUGUUAGCUAUUCUACCUUCAACGCACUGGAAUACAAAAGAUUGCCAGCUCCCGAGUCUGCCGGCCCUCUACGGAUAUCUGCCACAGCUACUACCUACGAGACCCCAAGGGUCGAAAUGGAAGAGUCGGAUGACGAUUCAGGAGAAUCUGAAUCUGAUGCCAGUUUUUCGGAUUCCGACUCGGAGGAACCUUCAAGUUCACCGCUAUCAAAGUCAAAAGGCUUCCGCAAUGGCCGGACUCCCAAACCGAGCGAUGUCUUCAUCGCCGUAAUGGGCGUCACAGGGUCGGGCAAGAGCUCCUUCAUCUCGAUGUGCUCUGGGAAACGCGUCAAGAUUGGCCAUCGCCUCGAAGCGUGCACAACAACCGUUGAUGUCUAUCCAUGCAACCUCUUUGAAGACCGCACCGUCUAUCUCAUCGAUACUCCCGGGUUUGACGACACGGAUAAGAGUGAUAAUGAGGUCCUCAGAGAAAUAGCUGCGUGGCUUGCAGACUCAUACCAAAAUAAAAUUUUGCUUCAUGGCAUCAUAUACCUACAUCGCAUUACCGAUGUCCGGAUGCAGGGUUCGGCCAAGAGGAAUCUAGUCCUGUUCAGAGAGCUGUGCGGAGAAGAUGCCCUCCAGAAGGUGAUCCUUGCCACAACCAUGUGGGACAAGGUCUCGGAGAAGAGAGGCUACCGAAGAGAAGCCGAGUUGAUGGACACGCAGGAGUUCUGGGGCUGGAUGGUUGAGAAAGGAAGCAAGGUUCACCGGCAUUACAAUACGCAAGAUUCGGCAAAGAAGAUCAUCGACCAGCUGGCCAAUCACGACAAGAAGUUCGUCACAGAUCUGCAGAGACAGCUCGUCGACGAAGGCCGCACGCUAGAUCAGACAUCGGCCGGCAAGGAGCUGCAGAGCGAGCUGCUGAAGGAAAGGGAGCGAUGGGCCGAGCAGCUCCGGCUAGUGCAGGCAGAUAUGGAAGCGGCCAUGGAGAAAAACGACAAGGAGGUGGAGAAGAUCAUGCGUGAGGAGCGCGACAGGUACACGCGCAUGAUCGAGCAGGCGGAGAACAAGACGGCCGCCCUCCGUGUAACUAUGGAGAGCCUCAUUGCCCGGCGUGACGAGAGGGUCGCCCGCAUGGAAAAGGCGCUGCGGGAGCAGCAGGAGAAACAUGCUGCCCACGGCAAUCUUCCCAAGAGAGCAGCUGGUGGCCGAGCCGUGCAUGGAAAAGCCAAGGAACUGAAAGCGUUCCCACCGUUUUCAGUCUCGUGGUUUGGAAACGGGUUUAGCUUGGCAAGCGGCGGAAGUUCCAACAGCAAUGUUCCCGAUCCUGAUCGACGCGCGCCUCCAGGAACGAAGGCAAGCGCCACGAUAGUCGGGGAACGAUUAGACGACAAAAUAUCCUGGGUUGCGCGCUACUCAGACGAGUCCUGGGGACGAAGCAAGUUUUUUGAGCGGUGCUAUCCUCACUUGGACGGCAAGUUCAGGGGCAACGGGGACCAACACCUCACAGUUUGUGCCCUCGGUGCCGAUGAGCAAUAUUAUGCCCGGUGGACAGACGGUUCUUGGAGCUGCUAUGCGUACGACACGACCGUCACCGUGCUCAAGGAGGUGGUCAAGAAGUCCAAGAAGAAGGCCAACUGUGGCAUCCAGGCCGUCGCACUAGGGUAUGGGACCAGUUACCUCAUCUCGUACGGUUCCAGCAGGAAGCUGAGGUACAGGUGUGAUCUGAAGAACUAUUACCCACAGCUCCAGCAAUUUCUAGAAGCCGAGAAGCCGCUGAACGUACUUGCCGUUGCGCUCAAUCCACGCAGUAAAACCGACUACAUCCUCGUAUUUUCGAAACGCGAUGGGCGGGCCGUGAUUUCGUGGAUUUGCUCAAACAAGGCCGUCAAUAAGGAGAUACAGGCGUGGGCCGACAAAACAGCAGAGCUUGCUCAGGGGACGAGCCGCUAG